GUAUGAGCAAGCUUUCUGUCAACUAAACACAAAUAAGUAGAAAUCAUCAAAACAACAUCAUUUUUUUUUUUAGUACUGAGAUGAAGAAGUUAUAAGCCAAUGUGCACGGCUGAAGUCUAAAAGAUGCCACGCGACCAUUUUUGAUUCUAAAGGCGUCCGAAGACAGUGUGCUGGUGUCCCUUCUUGCCAAGAGAGCCUCUUCAAAUAAAAAGCACAAUUGUGAUUCUGCAGCAUCCAGGAGAGGAGAAACGCUGUUUGCGCACUGCUCCAAUGCUAGAGUAUGCUCUUCCUACGAAAAACUUUCUGUUAUUCAAAGGUCGAAGAUUUUCUUCUGGAAUAGACGACAGAUUAAAAUCAGUGUUUUUGUCACCAAAUUCCGUUUUGUUUUAUCCUGGUCCUGAAGCUGUAGCUUUAGAAACAUUACCUUUAAUAAAUGAUGAUUGUGAUGCAUAUAAUAUAAUUAUUCUUGAUGGAACAUGGCCUCAAGCAAAAUCUUUAUAUGCAAAUUGUGAAGAAUUACGAAAUGUAAAGCAGGUGCAGAUUAAUUCUAAAGUUGCAAGUGAAUAUGUUAUUAGAACACAACCAACAGAAAAGGCUUUGUCUACUGUGGAAACUGCUGCUGUAGCUUUGUCUGUUUUAGAAGGGAAACCAUAUUUGAAAGAUGUUUUGCUUCAACCAUUAAAAGCUCUCUGUGGAUUCCAGCUUGCACAUGGAGCUAUAACUCACCAAAGUAAAGAAUUUUUAAUUAAAAAUGGAUUGCAUAAGUCACAGGCUAGAUGUUUUUUACCACAGCGAGAAUUUCUUUUAUAAAAAAGAAAGUUUUGCAAUUGAACUAAGCACACUUAUGUACAAUAAAAUAUUUUGUGAUAAGAUUUA